GUCAUGAGCCAAGGAACCUUGACAUCAUAAUGGCCCGAGCCUUAACUACUACAGAAUCCUCAGGUUCAAGGACUCAUUUACAGCGCUGUGCCAAGUGCUGUAGACACACUCCAUUUUCCUUGGCGACACUCGAAGCUCAAGGAUGUUUACAUCCAUCCAGAAGCGCCUCAAGCUCUUCAGGGGUCCUUCAAGGCAUCCUCAAUCAAGGGGACAUCCUGGUAUGCUGAUGCAGAUCCAGGAUGAAGGGGACAGGUCUGUGAAUGCCAAGCGUACCCUGCUGUUCCACAGUCCUGUGGAAAUUCAGAGUCAGAGUGGCAAGAGGAAGCAUAGGUGGCACCUCUUCUUGUUCAAUGAUGUUUUACUUUUCUCUAAUACCAAGUAUGAGAAAAUCUUUAAGAUAAAAAAGAAAGUCCCCCUGAGCACCAUGUGGACUUGCACCUGCGGGGACAGUGCGGGGCACACCCGCUCCCUAGUGUUGGGCUGGCACCAUGACUGCCUGGUGGCCACCUUCAGUUCUCCACAACUAAAGGGAAGAUGGCAUGCUUUCCUUCAAAGGUACAUCAAUUUAGCUAAGAAGAAGGACAAAGUCAAAACUGCACCUCUUACGAUCUACACAGAGAACAUCAAGAACUGCGCCUUUUUCUUACCUAUGAUCGUUUCUUAUAAAGAUACAGUGAAUGAUGUUAUCAGCAUGUCGCUCCCAAUGCUGGGUGUAACUGGCUCUGAGAAAGACUACCAGUUGUGGGUGCAUGCUGGCAAGGAGGAGGCCCCAUAUCCGCUGGCUGGGAGUGAAUACCUGCUUGGGAACAGGCAAGUCCCUGUGACCACACUCCAGCCUCAACGACUAGAGGACAUCCUCUCCCCCUCUACCCUGGAGGACCAGACAUCUAUGGGUGAAACCCAGUUGGUCCUGAAGCCCAGGCUGCUCACACCUGGGAAGAAGGAGGGGAACGGUACAGAUCUUGUACAGAAGACACGAAUAAAGAAGCUCAGCUGGGCCUGGUGGAGGCGCUCUCGCUCGGGCCCGGAAAGCCAGGGCCCCCCUCCCUCCUCUACAAAGUCAGGCCAGCUAUUUGGGGUGCCUCUGGAAGACCUUUGUGAGAAGAAUGAACUACCCCCACAAAUCUGGGACCUGCUGGUCCAUAUAAAUGACAGAGGGACACAGGCAGAAGGCAUCUUUAAGAAAACUGCCAGCAUGAAAUUCUGCCAAGUCCUCAAAGAAAAGCUCAAUCGAGGGGAGGACGUGAACCUCAACAAUGAAUCUGUUCACGUGGUGGCAUCAGUGCUCAAGGAUUUCCUUCGAAACGUUCCCGGGGGUGUGUUCCCUUCAGGCCUGUACGAAGAAUGGCUUGGUGUCACCGACCAAGGGAAGCAGGAGGAGAAAAUAACUGCCACUCAGAGACUUGUGGACCAACUGCCAGGUGCACACAUUAUUCUCCUGCGCCACCUCUUUGGAGUGCUGUACAACAUGAAGCUGCACUCCUCAGUCACACAGAUGACUGCCUACAACCUGGCAGUAUGUGUGGCCCCCAGCCUGUUCUGUCCUCCAACUUCCGGCUGUCCAGAACUAGUGGAUGCAUUUAGAAAGAAGGUGUGUUUCAUACAACAUAUUUUGGAGAACUGCCAGAUCAUCUUUGGCCAGGACAUCAUGUGUCUUUUUGGAGAAACCUCAAAGGGGGAUGACAGCAGCAAGUCGGCUGAAGGUACAGGCAUCAGUGAAUGGCUUUGGUGGGAGAGACAGCACGUGGCCAGCGGGCAUGGGAGCCGCUGUCCUGGAGCCAGAGCUCAGCCCAAGGACAGUGACUUCCAUGUGCUUCUCCUCUUGGAGGCGGCUCACAGGUCAGGGGUGGGUUCACACUGUCCUGAGACCAGAGGAAGGUCGAGACCAGGUCUCUGACUUCAAGACUUGCUCGUACAGCUCGUAAUAGCCCUCUUUGGUAUGAGCCAAUGUUUGGGAACUUUUGAACAAACUCACUGGAAGCCACAUUAGAUAUCAGGUGUGAUGUGGCUGGAAAGAGAGAGAGGGGUGUGGGGUGUGGGCCCUUUUUUCCCCCCACCUUCUUUUUUCUGCUCAGCAUUCCCCAAGGCAGCACUGGAUCCACAGCUCUUGGAAACAGGUUGAAAGAAACCAGCAUCGUUGAGAACAGAAGACUUGACUUGUGUCAAACAGGUUUACCAGCUGGGUUAUGCUUGCCCAGUUAUUCCAGCUCAGUCUCUGUGUCUUCAUUUGUAAGAUGUGUAUAAAAUGAUAGCACAUAUAUUGGAAUAAAGUUUAAAGAUCAUAAUGGAUGUGACGUAAAUGGGGCUGGAGAAGUUUGCCUGAGAUGAGAGCUAGUAUGGUCUAGGCCUCACUAGUCAGAGACGAGUAGCAGCACUCUUCUUAUGGGGCAGAGUUGAGAUUCAGAACCAGAGCACAUGCAUCAAGUUGGAGUACUGACAUUUCUCUAGGAAAUCGUUGGCAAAUGCUUUACCCCAGAAUGGAGAAGAGUGAGGUGUCUGAGAAUGUGCUUAGACUAAGACCACUGUCUGUUUGGCUUUUCAGAAGUGACAACGUCCCCCCCUGUGACUUCAGAGCCAGUGUCUACAUUUCCUCAGCAAUGCCACACCUGCAGCAUGCAGAGGUCAUGGAGUGACCCCCUGGGAUGGAGCCUGGCACCCCUGGCUUCUCUUGGUUCCAGCAGAGCCCUUGCAAGCAGGGAGAAGACGAUGACAUUUCCUCCAGGACGUCGCGUGGACAUCUGCCCCCUGCGAUCAAGACACCAGCCCAGCCUGAGGGAUUAUUGCCAGCAGAGCACAGAGGCUGAACCCAUCUACAACAUCUUGACAGAGGGGUCUGCUGAAAAGGAGGUGUAGCCAGCCAGUCCCUUAUGCAAAACUUAAAGGGAGCUGUACUUCAUUCUCUCUGUCUCAGGACGGCUGUUGGAGGGUGCCACCUAUCAGCAGGGUUUUGCAGGGGCCUUUAUCCCUGAAAUAUGAGGAAAACCCCCAUGUUAAUCUCACCCACAGCAUGCCAGUGGCACACCCCUUCUGCAUGCACCCUGCAUUUCCUGUGGCUGCAUUCCAUCCACCUCACAGCUAACUGGAUCCUCUGCCUUUCCCUUCAUGUGCUGGCUCUCCCUCCCCCUUUACCUUGCAUGUGUAAAUAAAUUUUUGUUUUUGUUUGUUUUCCAAAUCAUGCCUUUAAAACUAUUCUGUUUAUAUUUGUGUGCAAAUGCUCAGACCUACAACCGUCAGACAGAAUGGGUCUGCUAUCAGAUAUUAACAUUUGACCACUUAACUGCAAAUGCUAUUUGUUGAACAUUUACAGUAAAUGAAAGACUGACUGGUUCAGAUCAUCCCCUCUUUUUGGUCCAUCCAAGUCAGGACGUCAUUUACUCAUAUGUUCUGAAUGCCUCCAGCGUUCAAUAGCUGUUAAAUUCAAUUAUGUGGGAUGUGCUGCAUGGUUCUUGGUAUGAGGUUGACCAUACACUGAGGACAGAACAUGUCCCUUAAACUAUGUGCUGUGCUGCUUACUUGGUAAAAAUACUUUGAAACAAGAAUCACUGAUCUAUCUGGUAUAGAGUCUUCCCUGCAUGAACUUAAUAAUCCAGUAAGGAACAUCAUAUUUGUAUUCGAAUAACUUGUGGUACGCAUAUGGAAACUAUAAACAUCUUUAGUAGGGUCAAAUUUCAAUCCACAGUCCUCUAAGAAAGGGUGAUUUGGGUUGUGCUGCAGGGUUAUUGGUAGGAGGUAUGCAUGGGUUGUGAUUAUACACUAAGGAAAAAGCAUGUCCCUUAAAGUACUUGCCUCUCGCAGGAGACUAUCCCUGUGAGGAGUGAUAAGGGGUCCACACUGGCAGGAGGCUUGGUAUCUGCUGAGGCAGCUGGCUUUGAGCCGUCAUGUUCCUUCAGACCUGCUUGGCCUCCUGGGAUCUAUCCUGUCUGCAUCAGUCUCAUCUGUCGUGUGGCCCAUUUUCCAGUGGAAGGGAACUGUCUUUACGUAAGAUGUUUUCAGUGGUCUACUGUAGUUUAGAUACAUGACACUGAAGAAGCUGUCAAAACACCUUGUGAGCAAAUGAAAAUAAUGUUCAGUCCCACUACCAAGAAAUCCAAGGACAAUGCCCUACACAGCUCAGAAUGGCUGGGAAAAAAAAAAAAACACCAAAUCCCAGUGUGGAAGUGGGAAAGCUGAAUCACACCUACAGGGCUUGCAAACAUGAGAUUCUACAGACAUUCUAAAAAACAGUUAUACAAUCUUUAAGAGGCUAGAUUACAUACAACUCAAAAAACCAAAACAUCAACUACCACACAACCCAGCAAUUCUACUCCAUGGAGCAAGAACGGAGAUUUAUAUCAAUCUAUAUCGAUACACCAGGAUAUAGAUACUUGGAGAAGAUAUUUACAGUCAAAAUUGGAAACAAACCAGUGGUCCCUCAGCACUGUCUUGUGACAAAGCUGAGACACAACCAUGUCAUGGGAAACUACUAAGUGACACAAGACAUGAACUGUCAGUGCAGGCUACAAUCGGGUGAAUCUCCAGUGAUGCUGAAUGUGGACAAAAGCAACACCAGAAAGGUUACAUAGGUAUGAGCUCAUGUCUGUAAUAUUCUGGAAAUGGUACAGUUGUGGAAAUGGUUGGCAGAUUGCGAGUUGCCGGGGAAUCAAGAGUUGGUAGAGGUGGGUGGCAGUUGUGUGUGCUUGUAGAGGAUAAUGUGAAGAUAUCUGUGGUGACUGAGAGAUUCUGGUCUUAUCAGGGCUCAUAUGCUAGUGAAUAUGUUGUACCCCAGCUUGGAGGGAUAUUACCAUUAAGGGAAACUGAGUGAAAGGCUUACAGAAUCUCUCAUUAUUUCUUCCAACUGUCUGAGAAUUUACAGUUAUCUCAAACAGAUUAUUUUUUAAAAGUCAAAAGAUGCUACCAGGCAGCAAGUAUGGCACUGUGUCAGUUUGGCAGUUAAUGUCAUGAACCAAAGAACCUGACAUUUUAAUGGCCCGAGCCUUCACUACUACAGAUUCCUCAGGUUCAAGGACUCAUUUACAGUGCUGUGCCAAGUGCUGUAGACACACUCCAUUAUCAGUGGUGAGAAUCGAAGCUCAAAUGAUGUUCACAUCCAUCCAGAAACGCUUAAACUUCUUCAGGGGUUCUUUGAGGUAUCAUUACUCAAGGCAAACUCUUAAUGUGCUGCUUUUAAGCAUCAGAAGAGGUUGGCAAUCACAGAAGGGGUUGUCUCCUUUCCUCUGAAAUAUAUUAACUGAUUCUUAACUUCUGCUCUGCUUUCAUGCAAAACACUUGUUGAUUAGACUCAGUGUUGCUGAAUAAAAGACAGCCGAAUUUGUGUUGUCCGGGGAGACCGCUUCCUGAAUCCAUGCAAGGAAACUCUGUGGAUCUAUGAAAAUAUCUGCCUCUUCCUGAAAAAAUUUCAUGUUCUCUUCCAUUUAGUUUUUUACCUCUAUACCAGAGUCCUGUGAGAAUUACUCAUAACUCAACCCAAUCAUAGCUAAGUUCCUCCUGUGUUUAAAAAGUUUUGGAUAAAUAUUGUAUUCAC